AUGAUGAUGUCGGCGAAGGGCUCCAAGGAGAAGUUUUCGUUGUUCAACACACGAACGGUGUCCGAGUUGCAGUUGCCACAACAGAAUGUACGAUACGCUGAGAUGGUGAACCGUUAUCCGCAUCUUGUUGGAGUGCCGGUGAGAGAUUUUCCGUCUGGACUUCCAACGAUUCUAAUCGGAUUGGACAAUCUCCAUCUGUUCGCGCCGUUGGAGUCACGGGUCGGGGAACCGAACGAACCAAUCGCUGUGCGGUCGAAAAUCGGAUGGACGAUUUACGGAUCGGAGAAACGGAAGCCGCGUGUCCAUACUUACCUGAAUCUGCAUUGUGUCACACCAGUGAGUAACCAGGAACUGCAUGACAUGAUCCGAAAUCAGUACGUGCUGGAUGAAACUGCAGCAGCAUCAUACGCACCCCCAGAACCAAUUGAGGAGAAAAGGGCUCGCGAGAUCCUUCAAGCGACGACAAAAAGGGUAGGUAAUCGUUUCGAAACGGGCCUAUUGUGGCGUGAAGAUGAACGGCGAUUUCCCGACAGCUACCCGAUGGCCGUUCGAAGGAUGCGAGCGCUUGAGCGAAAGCUUGGGAAAGAUCCUGCGUUGAAACAGAAGGUAUGUCAGCAGAUUGAGGACUAUCAGACCAAGGGCUAUGCACACAAGAUAACUGCAGAAGAACUAGCAGAUACUCCAAGCUCGGUGGUGUGGUAUCUUCCGUUGAAUGUGGUGCUAAAUCCGAAGAAACCUGGUAAAGUGCGCAUGGUGUGGGAUGCGGCUGCAUCAGUUGGAGGAGUGUCGUUGAACUCGGAAUUGGUGAAAGGUCCGGACAUGUUGGUUCCCCUUCCGAAAGUUGUUUGCUGUUUCCGGGAAGGUCGAAUUGCAUUCGGAGGCGACAUUCAGGAAAUGUACCACCAGAUGAAUAUUCGGUGUGAAGACAAGCAAGCACUACGAUUUCUGUUCGGGACGGAUGAAAGUGGAGCACCUCAAGGAUACGUGAUGGACGUGGCAACGUUCGGCGCCACGUGUUCGCCUUGCUCCGCCCAAUAUGUAAAAAAUCUGAACGCGGGACAGUUCGCAGAGCAGUAUCCAGAAGCAGCGGCAGCGAUCAUUAAGAAACAUUAUGUGAACGAUUACUAUGACAGCGUAGAUACCGUCGAAGAAGCGAUACGAAGGGCCAAGGAGGUGAAGUACAUCCACUCGCAGGGUGGAUUCCAUAUACGAAACUGGGUGUCUAACUCGGAGGCAUUCCUAGAGGAACUCGAAGAUCGCAGUGCAAAUGGAGCAGUUCAUUUUUCCCGGGAUAAAGACGCCGAGUAUGAGCAUGUGCUGGGCAUAGUUUGGAAGCCGAUGGAAGACGUAUUCUGUUUCGCAACUAUGUCGAAAGCGGCAUCCUUUAUGGUUAUCGGUGGCGAAGAGUAUCCUACGAAGCGGAUUAUCCUCAGUUACGUGAUGGCGCAAUUCGACCCAGUGGGAUUCCUCACUCCGGUUACUAUACUUGGAAAAAUGCUGAUCCAAGAUCUCUGGCGGACCGGCUGUGAUUGGGAUACGAAAAUCAAUCAGAUUUCCUUCGAAAAAUGGCGGCGAUGGAUACAAAUGAUGAAGAACAUCGGAUCGUUCCAGCUACCGCGGAGUUAUUUCGGAAAUGCCAGAUCAGAUGAAGUUACGGACAUACAGCUGCAUGUAUUCGCUGAUGCAGGCGAGGCGGCGUACGGAAGCGUGGCGUAUUUUCGGGCAACUGUACGAGGUAAAGUGCAGUGUGCGCUGGUCAUGAGUCGUGCCAAAGUGGCACCGUUAAAACAGAUCUCAAUACCGCGACUGGAGCUUCUAGCGGCCGUUUUAGGAGCACGUCUAUCACGAAUGGUGUUCGAGAGUCAUAGCUUUACAAUUGACCGGGUGGUGUAUUGGAUCGACGCAAACGUAGUGCUCUCAUGGAUUCGAUCUGACCAGCGAAGGUAUAAACAGUUCGUCGGGUUUCGGAUCGGCGAGAUACUCAGCCUAACGAAGUUGACGGACUGGCGUUGGGUGCCGUCAAGACUAAACGUGGCAGACCAACUAACGAAGUGGGGCAAGGAACCCGAAAUGCAUACUGACAGCACGUGGGCGCGAGGACCAGCGUUUUUGUACAAGAGUGAGCAGGAGUGGCCAGAAAAGGAAAUGCCACCAGCGAACACGAUGGAGGAGCUCCGGAUUCACCUCCUAUUACAUGACGUGAAGGUGCCUGCGGUUUUUGUGGACGUAAACCGUUUCUCGAAUUGGACAGUGUUGGUCCGAACGAUGGCGUGCUUGUUCCGUUUCGUGUCGAACUGUAAGCGAAGGAUUGAAAAGCUGCCGAUUGAGACGCUAAGAGCGACAAGCGGACAAAAGAAAGCACGGAAGUCGAGAACCAUUGCAUCGGUCAGAGUUCCGUUGCAGCAAAAGGAGUACGAGAAAGCGGAGCAGUGUCUGCUGAAAGUGGCGCAGUCGGAGAGCUUCAUCGACGAACUGAAAGUGUUAACGAGAAACAAGGAUCGUCCGGUGAGCCAGUGGAUGACUAUCGAAAAGUCUAGUCCGCUAUACAAGCUGACUCCGCUGAUCGACGAGAAUGGACUGAUCCGGAUGGAGGGUAGAGUGGAGCGAGCGGAAUUUCUGCCAUUCGAUCUGCGAUUUCCGGUGAUUCUGCCGGAUGACCAUCGGAUCACGAGGCUGAUAGUUCAGCACUACCAUGAGAAGAGUGCCCACGGGUACCGUCAAGCAGUGAAGAACGAGUUGCGGCAGAUGUAUUACAUCCCGCACAUAGAUGCAGUAGUCAGGAAGGUAUCAGCGUCCUGCGUAUGGUGCAAGGUGAAUCGUUGUCGUCCUGAAGUUCCUAGGAUGGCUCCGCUGCCAGUACAGCGGGUCACACCGAAUCUACGUGCUUUCAGCUACGUCGGGGUCGAUUAUAUGGGACCGUUCGAUGUGACCGUAGGACGUAGAUCAGAGAAGAGGUGGAUUGCGCUGUUUACCUGUAUGGUAACACGUGCGGUUCAUUUGGAAGUGGCACAUGGGCUGACCACCCAGUCGUGUUUGAUGGCGAUAUAUCGGUUUAUUGGUCGCCGGGGCUGGCCGAUCGAAUUCUUCUCGGACAACGGGACAAACCUACGUGGAGCUAGUAAGGAAGUGGUGGAGGCUGUACAGGGCAUUAGAGAUGACUGUGCAGACCAGCUAACGAACGCGAGAACGAAGUGGACGUUCAAUCCCCCCGCCGCACCUCACAUGGGAGGCGUCUGGGAGCGCUUAGUCCGCUCAGUGAAGGAAGCGCUGACAGCGCUUGAUGAUGGAAGGCGACUAACGGACGAGAUACUGCAGACAGCCAUCGUUGAAGCGGAGGACAUUAUCAACUCCCGUCCGCUCACCUACGUGUCGCAGCAGUCCGACGAAGCAGAAGCGCUUACCCCGAAUCAUUUCUUGCGGGGAGCGUCAGCGAACCAGCCUGGUAGUAUCUGUCCACCUCCCCAUCCGGCAGUGGCCCUUCGGGAUGCGUUUCAGCGUUCGCAGCAGUUGGCCAGCGUGAUGUGGGAGCGGUGGAUUAAGGAGUAUGUGCCGUCGUUGAACCAAAGAACGAAGUGGUUCGGUGAGGCAAGACCGUUGCAAGCAGGAGAUUUAGUUUACGUCGUGGAGGGUGCCAACCGGAAGUGCUGGAUCCGCGGAAUGGUGGAAGAGAUCAUCGUAUCCGGCGACGGCAGGGUCCGUCAAGCAUGGGUGCGUACCAAUGCCGGAAGGUACAAACGAGCGACAGCGAAACUGCCGCGUUCGCAGCAGUUGACCAGCGUGAUGUGGGAGCGGUGGAUUAAGGAGUAUGUGCCGUCGUUGAACCAAAGAACGAAGUGGUUCGGUGAGGCAAGACCGUUGCAAGCAGGAGAUUUAGUUUACGUCGUGGAGGGUGCCAACCGGAAGUGCUGGAUCCGCGGAAUGGUGGAAGAGAUCAUCGUAUCCGGCGACGGCAGGGUCCGUCAAGCAUGGGUGCGUACCAAUGCCGGAAGGUACAAACGAGCGACAGCGAAACUGGCCGUGAUGGAGAUAGCAGAGGGUAACCCUGAGCCGGAUGUGGCUUCCCGGACAGAGUUACGGGCCGGGGAAUGUUCUGGCAACACUGGCCGUUGCCCUCCUCCAUCGCUGCAGUGA